CCGCCCUCCACCACUCCGCACUUUUGGUCUAUCGUUCAGUGACUCGCCAUGGCCCCCAAACUCGAUCCCAAUGAGGUGAAAAUCAUCUACCUCCGGGCCACUGGUGGCGAAGUCGGUGCUUCAUCUGCCCUUGCGCCCAAGAUCGGUCCUUUGGGUCUGUCCCCGAAGAAGGUCGGUGAAGAUAUCGCAAAGGCGACCUCUGCAUGGAAGGGCCUGCGCGUUACUGUCCAGCUCACCAUCCAAAACCGUCAAGCCGCAGUCUCCGUUGUCCCCUCUGCCUCCUCGCUCGUCAUCAAGGCUCUCAAGGAGCCCCCGCGUGACCGUAAGAAGGAGAAGAACAUCAAGCACGGCGGCAACAUUCCUCUUGACGAGAUCAUCUCGAUCGCACGGACGAUGAGGUCAAAAUCUCUCGCCCGGACCCUUGCGAACGGCUGCAAGGAGAUUCUGGGCACCGCACAGAGUGUGGGCUGCACCGUCGACGGCCAACCGCCACACGACAUCAUUGACGGCAUCAACUCGGGGGAGAUCGAGAUCCCCGACGAGUAGACGAUUUUUGCUCGAUUGUGUGUACACAUGUUUUACUGCUUAUUGCAUGACUUUCGCGGCG